AUGUCGUCGUCGCUGUCGUCAUAUCCUCUCGUCGCUCCAACGAUUCACGUUGCUAUCUCAGUUGUCCUCUUUCUCUCAGUCGGUUUCUAUGAUGUUGUUUAUGGUUUGAGUGCGAACAGGGUCAUUGAUUCUCCUCUCUUGACGGAGAAGAUUGGCACCAACCGUACAAUAAAGGUUGAUAUCAACGGUAAUGGUGAAUUCAAAUCAAUUCAAGCCGCUAUUGAUUCUGUUCCAGAAGGCAACUCUGAGUGGAUCAUCAUUCAUAUACGAAAAGGAGUGUACAGAGAAAAGGUUCAUGUACCAGAGAAAAAGCCAUACAUAUUCUUGAGAGGAAAUGGAAAGGGAAAGACGUCCCUCGUGUGGUCUCAAAGCUCCGAAAGCAAUUUGGAGUCCGCCACGCUCAAAGUCGAAGCUUCCCACUUCAUUGCCUUUGGCAUCAGCAUCAAGAACGAUGCACCGGUUGGGGUCGCCUUUACGUCGCAGAAUCAAUCUGUGGCAGCGUUUGUGGGAGCAGACAAGGUUGCAUUCUACCACUGUGCGUUCUACAGUACUCACAACACCCUCUUUGAUCACAAAGGCAGGCAUUAUUACGAUAAUUGCUACAUCCAAGGCUCCAUCGAUUUCAUCUUUGGCCAAGGCCAGUCUGUUUUCUUUAGUUGUGAGAUAUUUGUGAUCGCCGACACGCGAGUAAAGAUAAGUGGGUCUAUCACAGCACAGAACAGGCAAAACGAGAACGAUGAUAGUGGGUUUGUGUUCUUGAAGGGGAAGGUUUAUGGAAUCGGCGGGGUGUAUCUGGGAAGAGCAAAGGGUGCCUAUUCAAGGGUGGUCUUCGCCAAGACUUACCUCUCUAGGACCAUAGCUCCACAGGGAUGGACCAAAUGGAGCUACGAUGGCAGCACAGAACAUCUAUUUCAUGCGGAGUACGAUUGCCAUGGACCAGGUGCUGCUACAGAAGAACGAGCACCGUGGGCUCGACAACUCAAGGAAGAAGAAGCUGCUAAGUUCUUAUCUAUUGAUUUCGUCGACGGAAACGACUGGUUACCUGUUUAUAAAAUAGAACUAGAUUAG